GUUGCGUCGCCGGACGAACAGCCUCACGCCGUUUGAGUAUGUUCACUCCCUCUCCAUAGAUGUGGCAAGCCGGCGCAGUAUACAUUCUCUGCUGCUCAAUCAGCGUCAUACCGAACGAUCAUCAGGGCCCCGCAACUGAUCAAAGAGCAUUCGAAAGACGACUUUGACUCUUCAUCCUGCCUCUGGUCAGCUCUGGCUGGGCUCAAUGGCUGUCGACAAGUGGUCAGAGGAGCACAUCAUAGCCCUGCUAGAGAUGACGACCACGAGAAUGCGAUCUUGCGGUUGUCCGUUGAUCUCGAGCAGACUGAUCGAGGACGUGACUGUUGAACUACUCAAGUUGCCUGCGUUUGCCGAUCCGCCCAACAUGUCAUCGCAAAGUGUACGUGCUCGGUUACAAAGAGAGUGCGGUUAUGUCUACCAUGCCGUCAAAUCACUGCAAUCGUAUCACGUCAGAGACUACGAUAUUACAACGGGCACCACGAUGAAUGAUGAGGCAUUUGAACUCGCAUGCACUGCCAUCAAGCUGAGAUCCUCUCAUCGAUCCCACUCGAUGAUCCAGCGGACGGGUUUGACGUCUCAGUGGCGACAUCGUUGGCCGCACAUGGUCGCACUCUUCGAGCUCCAAGCAGAGCUCUUUGCGCGCAGGACCAUCGAUCACGGCGGCGCGGACGUUAGCGACACAGUCAGCAUGGACGAAAGCGGCAGCGACGAUGAAUCAUCGUCAGCUGAGUCACACUCAUCGAGAGUGCUGAGCUCGACGAUCGGCUCGGAUCUACCCACAUCGAACAGUGAGCCGUCAGACUCGCCACUGCCUGCCGCAAGCCCAAGUCUAUCGACAAGCCCAUCCAUCGAGCUCGAGGACAAGUUCAAGCUCUCGCCUGUACCGCGAUGUCGAGUGCAGCAUGAUCUGCCGGCGCUACAUCAAUUCGGCUUCGUUAUGCGGGAAAUUGGCAAACAUGACAUUGUUAGAGACUAUCUACACAAAGAGCGAUUCCUCCAAUUCUACAGCAUUGCAACAAGAGAUCCCUAUGGCCUGGCGAGACUCUUCCUACCACUCGUGGAUAUCCAGGAUCCGAUGAGGAUCAUUGUGCUUCUCGAGACGAUAGCGUUGCUGGCCGAACUGUGACGAUCGCCAUUGAAGCAAAGCAAAGGUGUUGUUGCGAGUAAAGUGCAAUGUAUGCCUUGAUGAAUCAUUCAUUCGAAGUUCUCUCUGGAGCAAGAGUACUACAAGUAUCUCGUCAAGAUCAAAGGACGCGCCUCGAUCAAAACGUUCGAAA